AUGGAGAGAGAGGAGUUUGGGGACCCUAAAAGAGCUCGUAUAUCAGGUCAGUUUCAGGGUGCCUCAUCUGGAGGUAGGGGAUCACAGAGAGUGAGUGGUUCUUUUCAGCAGCGGGGACCUAUUCAUGCAUCUAUGCCGACAUUUGAGGGUAGCCAGACAUCUAGGGGUUCUUAUGGCCCAGGUCAGGGCUCGUACGGUUCACAGCAGCGAUCUACAGGGCGAGGCAAUUAUAGUGGGUUUUCAGGGUCCACACAACAGUUCCCAGGUCAGAGAUUUUGUUUUACUUGUGGAGAUCCCGAUCAUCUAAUGCGACAGUGUACUUCACAAAGGGGUCGUGGUGAGCCUCGACCUAAUUCUUCAUUCCAGACUAGACUACCAGCACCACAGGGUAGAGGUCGUGGCAAAGUUCAGUCAGGUAGAGGUGAUAGAGUUUCUAGUAGUGGUGUUGCAGCUCAGCAGAGUGGGGGUAGAGGUACCACCCAGGAUGGAGGUGGACGAGGAGGCCACUGCUAUGCUUUCCCCGGGAGACCUGCGGCGGAGACCUCCGAUGCUGUUAUUACAGAGCUGGGUCCAGACUUGACAUUUGAGGAGGAGCCUAUAGCUAUUUUGGAUAGGCAAAUUCGAAAGCUUAGGACCAAAGAGAUUGCUUCAGUGAAGGUGCAAUGGAAGCACCGAUCAGUGGGAGAGGCAACUUGGGAGACAGAGUCUGACAUGCGUGCCAGAUAUCCUCAACUUUUUGAAGCAUCAGGUACUUUCUUUUACUUUAUGUUCGAGGACGAACAUGAUUUUUAG